AAAAGUCCGACAGAACCUGAAGUAGCGAGCGUUCGGUGAUUCCACCUUCAAAAUAAAAGCGAGCGUGGCGCCGCUGUCGAAAACGAAGCGAAUGAAUAACUAUUUAGGGGUCACUUACAACAAAGAUGUGUUGAGGCAUUCUUCAGGAGUAAGUCUUUUAAGGGAACUGAAUCCAAAUAUGCACCGCGGAUCGUUAAUACGUACGUUUAGCUUGAAUACAGGGCCUAACGGUUGCUGGGGAGGGAGCUAAUUUUGAAAAGCUGCAACCGGAACUAGCUAUGUCCUCCAUUGCUAACUCGACACCGUUAAAAAAAAGAGGGGGGAGGUAAGUAAUUAUUUAGGGGGAAGAAAGAAAGAAACAAAGUUGUCGACCGUGCAAUGCACACGGGGAGGGAUUUUAUUUAUCUCGAGCGACUCGUUUAACCCAGCACCGGUCUGCUGGGAUGUAAGUGUAACGGAGCAGCGCUUUCCCCCCCGUUUCCUUCUCUCCCUCCAAACUUCUCCGCUACUCUUUGGUCGAGUCCCGGACAGGAUUUCUGCUUGGGAAAACGGGGAAUGUUAAAAAGCAGCCGAGCGCAGGCGGAUGGACGGACGGACUGAGGAGUCCAGUGAGAGCCCUGCGUGUGUUUUCCGACUUUAAAGUUAAUCGCUUUAUUGUUAUUUUGAAUUCCCCCCGAACUCAUUUCGCCCUGAGAUGAAUGGCAGAAGUCGGGUGAGUCGGCUAUCGGUGCACAAACGGAUUUAUUUUCUUGUCUACACUGGACCCACAUGAAGUGAAGAGAGCCUCCAUCCCGCUGAACCUCUCUGCUUUGUGUGUGUGCGUGUGUGUGUGUGUUUAAAAAGAAAAGAAAUUCAAACGGGGGAGACACCACCGCACCGCACUGGAUAAACCAAGAGAAAAAUCAAGUUUGCUCAAAGUGCGUUUUCGGACAGUUUAAGUUGAAGAAAAAGAUGCAGAUGUGGGGCCACAUGAGGGUCCACAAAGGAGGCCCUCCACGACCAUAGGUCACGCCGGAGUGUCCUGGAUGUAUGUUUCCCCUGUUUCCUGGCUGGAUUGACUUGGACUAAUCGUCUAAUCCAAUGGAUUCUUCCUCACCACAGCCUACCUGUACCUGUGGGUUUUCCACAUGAGGGCAAGUCGGAUGACUCAGAGGACAUAAGUCAUGUAACCACCCUGAAAUGUCUUAAAGGUCUUAUUUAUCUGUUUUGUAUUUAUUGUGUGUGUGUAUAUAUGAGGGGUCUAUUUUUGUUUAGCAUUGUGCUAGUUUCAAGGCCAGUUUUUGAUUUCUGUGUAAUGAUCUGAAAACUGACAUUUCAUUUGUCGUAGUGAAAACUGUAGAUCUACUUGAACGCCCUUUGUUCUCACUGUAUCCAAGCACAUUAAAUCUGUAACUUAUAGAGGAGACCUGCAGGACUUGAAUUCGCCCAGGCAGGUAAAAAAAAAAAAAAAAACACGACAAGGCUUCACCAUGGACAGGCCGAUAAGCAAGUUGCUGGAGAAGUUAAAGCUAACAGACUCGGGCAGUGUGAAAUUCAACAGUUCAAAGAAAAAACACGACUCUGCCAACAACUCUAAUAACAGCAACGCCAACACUGGCAUCUCCGGAGGCAGCGGUGGGGGCAGCGGUCUGCCACCAGCUCCCAGCUCUGCAGCUGCCUCGCCCUCGAGACAAGGCCAGUUCUCGCUUGCCUCUGCAACCGCAAGCGAUGCAUGUGUUUCAGCCAGUGGGAGAGGAGGAGGAGGAGGAGGAGGGAUGGGAAUGCCUCCCCCUCAGCUCCUCACCCCGCCGCCAUCUUCCUCCACGGUGGGUGCCAUACCUUCGGAUGGCGAGCAGCCACUCCACCCUUCGACCUUGGCACAAGUGAGGCGCCGCUCCCCACAGCAGAGAGCCUCCUGUUACCUGGGCGAAGGUGUGGAUUCCCACCUGAGGCGCGAGUCAGGUCUUGGCCCAGAGUGUGACCCGCUGGGGGCGUUUGGCUCCAAGGCGUCCCUCAACCAACGGCGCUACUCCCUGGAGCUCCAGCAGCUGGUCAGGCGGCAGCAGCUCCUCUCCCAGCCGCCUCUCUCUGUCCCCCCGCCGUACCCUGCCGCCGCGGGAGUCAUGGGCGCUCCCAGAGGAGGUGGAGGUGGCAUGGCAGAGUCCGGCUACCUUGCCGAGCCUGAGAGGCACAAACGCCUCUCCCUCCAGGAGGCUCUGUUUUACAAACGCCUCAGCACGGGCAGUGAACUGUGGGAGACCCCCAGGCCUGCAUCCCUUUCUCAUCCACCGCAUCGCACAUCUGAUAUGACCGGCGGAGGUGUAGGAGGAGGCUUCUUCUAUCCCCCAGGGCCAACCCUGAGCCCAUGCUCAUCGUUCAGCCUCCAGGAGUCGGUACUGGUCAGCCCCAGGUCCAGUUUUGCCUCCAGCACGGCCAGCGGCGGCGGUGGAGGGAGCCCCAUGGGGAGCCGCUGCAGCAGCAACCGGACCAGCGGCAUCAGCCUGGGCUACGACUCCCGCUACUCCGCCUCUGGAGGCCUCCCUCCACAGCAGCAGUCCCCCUCAAUGCAGACAGGUUGCUCUGCUGCUGGUUAUGGGGCUCCAGGCAGGGCCGCGGUAACCCCAGUGGAGGCCUGGAAUCAGUACCUGGAUGGAGGGAUGCGCCCUGGGGCCCACGAUAGCCGACACUCCUACCCACCUGCCGUUGGAAGUCCAGGAGCAGCGUGCUAUCAGGCCGGACCAGAGUGGUGGGACGAGCAGCAGCAAGGAAUGAGGGGCAAAGAGGGUGGUGCGAUGGGAGAGAGGGCCCGAUACUCCGACCUACCUGGAACCAGGUACCAGGAAGAGCUCACCCGGCUUCUCCUGAGAGAUGCAGCGAUGGAAGGCGAGGUGCUCCUGGAGGGCCUGAUGCUGAAGGAGUCUCUGACGGCUCUUUCCAAACCCAACACUGCAGCGAUGGGGCCUUGCUCAGCCGGAGGGCCGGUCAAACCUCAGGAGGACCCCGGAGUCGGAGCCGGGAGGGAGGUCACGGAGAACCGGCAGGAGUUCUUUGGGGCCUGUGUGAAGUGUGGGAAAGGCGUGUACGGGGCGGAUAAUGCCUGCCAGGCUCUGGAUAGCCUCUAUCACACCCGCUGCUUCACCUGUGUGUCCUGUGGACGCACCCUGAGAAACAAGGACUUCUACAAUGUCAAUGGCUCUGUGUACUGUAAAGAGGAUUACAUGUUUUCAGGAUUCCAGGCUGCUGCUGAGAAGUGUAGCGUGUGUGGCCACCUUAUUCUCGAACAGAUCCUGCAGGCUCUCGGGAACUCGUACCACCCCGGCUGUUUCCGCUGCGUCGUGUGCUCCAAGGCUCUGGAUGGGGUGCCUUUCACCGUGGACCAUCACAGCAACAUCUACUGCGUGGCAGACUACAACAAGACUUUCGCCCCAAAGUGCGCUGCCUGUUUACAACCCAUCCUACCUACUGAGGGCAGUGAAGAGAUCCUCAGGGUCGUGUCUAUGAAUAAGGAUUAUCACUUUGAGUGCUACCACUGCGAGGAGUGUGGUAAGCAGCUCUCUGAUAAGCCCGGCUCGCAGUGCUUCCCUCUGGACUCUCAUCUCCUCUGCCACACCUGUCACAUGGGCAGAGUGUGCACCACACACAACAUUCCCCCUCACAACACACACUGAUCAGCGCCUUUAGGACGUAAAAACCACCGGUCUCGACACGCUGUCGUUCUAUCAUGUGCUUCCGCUUUUUUUUUUUUUCCUACAAGAUGAAACUGCUGAUAUUAAGACUUUUCCACUGAUUCACUUUCAUUUGGUCUUGGAUCAGUCCCUUUUGUCACAUGUACUGCCUGCUGUACUAUUACUGUACCAUAGUUAUAAGGGAAGGGGAAAGAAACUACUGCUUUUUUUUUUUUUUACCCCAAUGUGGCUACUGUUUGCUGUAGAAGAACAAGGGAUUUUUUUUGCUAAACUUUUGUUUUGUGUAUAUAUAUAUUAUGGCUAGCAAACAUUUUGCACUUAAAUUUGACUUUACUGUAAGAGAUUUGUUACGUGAAUCUGUACAAUUUGGGUAAAAACAUUACUGUAAUUUCUGUAUGCUGUAAUAAAUAUUUCAUUUGUGUUCAGUC